AUCCACCGACACAGCGAGUCUUUUCCAUCUUGUCAGCCAAAGCAGGAAGAUAACAAUCAGAAUGGCCGAUACUUCGUCGCACUUGAACUGGUUGAUCAUCCGUGAUCACAAUGCGUUCCUCCUGAAACGCAGAAACAUCAAGAAGCCGUUCAGCACGGAGCCAAACAAUCUGACCAACCUGAGCUCGUACCGUUACAGCGGACUGGUCCACAAGAAGACCCUCGCCAUUGCCCCGGCCGAUAAGGGUGUUGCCGUGUCCCUAAAGCGACCAAAGUACACCACCAAGCCCUCCAAGGCCACCGUGAAGGUACAGCUGAAGCACCGGCCACGCCGAACCCUGAAGAAGCUGAAGAACAUCAUCAAUGCCAACCGGUACCGACGGGAUCUGCGCCAGGCUGCCCUCCGUCGGGCUAGCGCUCUGCUGCGCUCCCAACGCCCGGCCGGAGCCAAGGGUGCCGCUGGCAAGGGAGCCGCCAAGACGGCUGGAGCUGCUGCCACCAGUGCCGCCGCUGCCCCCAAGAAGGCCGAGUAAAUGAUGUUUAAGCUUAAGGGUUCCCGUUCUAUUUUUUUCGAUACUACUAUUGAAUACACACAGCUUUGAAAAUUGGAAUCGUUGACUCUGUGAGAAAACGAUAAAAAGAUAACAAUGAAACGUGAAUUGAA